AUCCUUACCUUUGGGGCGAGUUUCCCGUUACCUUUGUUCCUCAACUGUUUAUAGUCAUCUAUAGGCAAUAGGGAAGAAGUUGCAUCACAGCCGCUAAAGCUGUUUCCUUCUCCUCCUCCUCCUCUUCCUCAUCCUCAGGUGUUGGUAGUGCUGCCCUCCGGAGACCAGGGGCUCAGUGGGGACCGGGUAGCCACUGGAAGCUUGAAGGACGAAGUCAAGUUCAAAGGUCAGAUGCACUUGUGGCUGGGGAGGCGUCACGGCCACGCUAAUGGCCAGCCUAACCGCAAGAGGCCUUUCCUCUGAGAAGAGGAGCGGGCGGAGCCCGCAGCAGACAGGUGAGGUCCCAGCCUAACCCUUCUCGCUGCCCUCCCUCCCCUGAGGUGAUUGUGGCUAGAGCUGCCACUGAGGCGGGUCCGGCAGGACUAGGCGGGGGCGGAGGCGGGGGCAGUCCCAACCCUACCCUAGGGACAAGCUCCGGGAGAGUUAGGUGACUUUUGACUACUUUGAAAGCUCCCUGAGCGAGUCUGGAGAGCUCAUCCCGCCAUGGAGGGAGCCGGAGGCUUGGACAACCCUGCUUUCGUCCCAUCCAGCCCGGGUCCCCGCAGACAUUUGCCGGCGUCUCUGGCUGAAGUCGAAGUUUCCGUCUUUAGUGGUCCUGGAGAAGAGCUGCCGCUGCCCCAGCCGCUGGCCCAGCCGCCGCCAGCGCAGCCCCCGGAGCUGGAGGAGGGUCCCUGUGGCUGCGGACGCUUCACUCCCCAAUGCUUGCAGCGCUGCAACAACCCCAAAGGCUUUCUGUUUCAUUACUGCCUCCUUGCCCUCACCCAAGGUAUUGUAGUAAAUGGCCUAGUAAAUAUUAGUAUAUCUACUGUUGAGAAGCGCUAUGAACUGAAGAGUUCCUUGACUGGCCUGGUAUCAUCAAGCUAUGACAUUUCAUUCUGUUUGUUGUCAUUAUUUGUAUCAUUCUUUGGAGAAAGAGGGCAUAAACCAAGAUGGCUUGCUUUUGCAUCCUUUAUGAUGGGACUAGGAUCUCUCAUAUUUUCUUUGCCACACUUUACAAGUGGAGAAUAUCAUUUUGGAUCCAAAUUUGAAGAUACUUGCCCAGUGACAGGAAACAGUAGCAGUUGCAGAGAUUCCACCUCCAAGCUUUCCAGCUACCUUUAUGUGUUCAUCUUGGGGCAGCUAUUUUUGGGAGUAGGAGGAACCCCUCUUUACACGCUAGGAACAGCCUUUAUUGAUGACAGUGUUCCUACGCAUAAGUCAUCUCUCUAUAUAGGAAUUGGAUUUUCUAUGUCAGUCCUAGGCCCUGCUAUUGGAUAUGUGUUGGGAGGACAGCUGCUAAAAAUCUAUAUAGAUGCUGAUAUGGGGAAAAGAGCUUUUAUCAAUGAAGAUGAUCCUCGCUGGCUGGGUGCAUGGUGGAUUGGGUUCAUUUUGUCUUGGUUCCUGGCAUGGUCUUUGAUUUUGCCUUUUUCUUGCUUUCCAAAACAUUUGCCAGGCACAGCAGAAAUACAGGCUGGAAAAAUUUCUCAGGCCCAUCAGAAUGAAAGUGACACCAAGACUACAGACAAGAAUUUUGGGAAAAGCAUUAAAGAUUUUCCAGCUUCUCUUAAGAUUUUGCUGAGAAAUCCUGUAUUUAUGUGUUUAGCUAUGUCUACUGCUACAGAAGCUUUGAUUAGUACUGGCUUUGCUACGUUUUUGUCUAAAUAUAUAGAAAAUCAGUUUGGAUUGUCAUCCAGCUUUGCAGCUACACUUGGAGGAGUUGUUUUAAUUCCAGGAGCAGCACUGGGGCAAAUUUUGGGUGGUGUCAUUGUGUCCAAAUUCAAAAUGGCUUGCAAAAACAUUAUGAAGUUUUCUCUGUUGAUGUCACUACUAUCUCUUGUAUUGAGUUUCAUAUUUCUGUUUGCUAAAUGUGGAAAUGAGCCAUUUGCUGGUGUCUCUGAAGCAUAUAAUGGGACAGGAGAACUGGGAAAUUUGACAGCCCCUUGUAAUGUUAAUUGCAACUGCUUGGGUUCGUUUUACUUUCCUGUUUGUGGAAGAGACGGUGUCCAGUAUUUUUCUCCUUGCAUUGCUGGCUGCAAAAAUUCAGUACCCAACAGCCAGCCAAAGACAUACAACAACUGUUCCUGUAUUGGAAGGACAAAACAAAUGAUGUCUUCUGCAGAAAGUUUGAGCUUUGAAGCCAAAGCUGGAAAGUGUGGAACCCACUGUACAAAUUUGCCUCUAUUCCUUGGCUUUUUCUUUGUUACCAUUGUUUUUACCUUUAUGGCUGGUACUCCUGUUACUGUAGCUAUUCUUCGGUGUGUAAAUAACCAGCAACGCUCCCUAGCACUUGGUGUACAGUUUGUUUUGGUCCGAUUAUUAGGUACAAUUCCUGGACCAAUUGUAUUCGGCUUUGCAAUAGACAAUUCUUGUAGUCUUUGGGACAUUAACGAAUGUGGAAUUAGAGGAGCUUGCUGGCUAUAUGACAACGCUAGAAUGGCUUUCAUGCUAGUAGGAAUAAGUGUUGGUUGUAAAGCAUUAACUAUCCUCUUCAAUAUCCUUGCAAUCUUCCUGUACAAGCCUCCUCCCUCUGGCACACAUGUCACAUUCCAGAGUGAGAAUGUCGUUGUGGCUUCUGUCCCGGUGGAACCUGAUCACAGCAAAACAAGACAUGAUGGAUAAAAGAGAAAAGAAGAGGACAUGCAAUAGCAGAAUGACUAGAUUUUUUAAAAAAUUGUGAAUUGCCAUUGCAGCAUUAUCCACACCAAAAGAAAAAAAAUCACACUUUUGGUAUGGUCAAGAGAUUUAACAACUGAAUUCAAUUUUCAGGUGUUAAUGAAUAUUUACUUUUUACAAUUGAUGAAAUAUUUACAAUUUACAAAAGUAAGAAAGCAGAUAUUGUGUUUUUAAAUUUCAGUGAAAAGCUCCAAAACCUGGAGUAUUAAAGUUAUAUAUUUGUUUUACACUUUCAGGUAUCUGAAAUUCCAAACUGAACAUAAAAACAAAGACAAUCUAUCUAAACUAAAUUCCAAACUAAACAUUUUAAAGAAAGGUAAUUGAUACUGUUAGCACAGGACUAGUAAAAUAUUAAUCCAUUUUACAAGAGCUAUGGACAUUUCAAUUUCUCUGAUAUCUUAGAAAAAGUUAAAACUAUUAUUAUUAUUUAUUAACUACUUUAAUUCCAGGGUGUCAAUGCUUAGAUUAUUCAAAGCCAUAUUCAUAGUUUUCAGGUACUUACACAUUAUUUUUAAAUAGGCCUAGGACUGCAUUGGUUAUGUAGGAGACAACAUUAGAGGACCAUAUUUUAUUUCAAAUUUUCGUUCUUUUAUCCUAGAUACUCCUUUAUCAUAACAAACUACUGGAUUGUGAGUCAUUUUAAAACUGCACUUUAUCUACUUUUUUGUAUAAUAGUAGAUAAUGAGUAAAUGUAUGUUCACCUUUAUUUUAAAAUUAUUCCUGAAGAGACACCUACUGAUAUUGGAGUAUCAUUUAAAAUAUAUUUUCCUCAUUAACCGGGCCCCCAUCCCACAACAGCCCUCAAAAUAGUGCCUAUAACUUUUACCACAAAUCUUUACCUGUAGCAAGUAUCUAUUAAAUAGAUUGCUUAUGGAUGAAAUAUUAAAAUUCUACCUUUAACAUACUUUAAGAAAUGUGAUUGAAAGUAAAAUUUUUCACUGACAAGAUAAACUGUACAGUAAGACCUUAUGUUGUUGGAUCAGGCUUUAGGAGCCUCAGUCAUUUAGAACAUAGAAUUGAAAGUUUUUUCAGCAUCAGAGAAAAUAGUACAAAGCCCAUGUACAAACCCCAUAGUUGAGGUGUUGAGCCAACUUCAGCAACUUGUAUGGAGCCUAUUGACUGAGAAUUUUGUGCAUAGCAAUACUGCUGAUUAGUAACUUUUAUUAUCUAGCAAUCCUUACUACCUUUUGCUUUUUAGUAAGCCAUAAUGUAUAGCAGCGGUGUCAAGACUUAAAUAGAAAUGGAUCCCUGUGGGUCAUGCCUUGAUUUAGAAAACCACUAAUUAACAUUAUUUAUAUUACAUUGUAUUUUAAUUUAUUUUGUUAAACAUUUCCCCAUUACAGUUUAAUCUUGUUGCAGCCAGACUCAAAUAUCUGUUUGACACCUAUGAUGUACAGUAUUCUAAUAGCUGUGAGUGGAGACCUUCUAGAGGCAAACACUGUCAGUUAUGGAACUGUGGAGUGACACAUGCAGUGAGUGUAGAAGUAAGCUAGGAUCAGGGGAACCAGGCAUAUGCUGGAAUAGGGAAUUAACAGUAUUGAUGGUCUGCAACUAGGCUAUCUUAAAGUCUACCAACUACUCUGGAGGCCAGGAGAAUGCACAGAUCAAAUGUUAUGCUGGAACCAAGAUUCAGAAACCAGACAGAUAAGCAGAAAUUAAAUUUAAAGAAAUUAAUAUUAAUUAAUAUAAUUAAAUAUAUGAAGGUGCCAGAGAGUAGUAAGCAGAAGGUUAGGAACCAGAAAGGUGAACCAAAAUCAGUUCAUAUAUGACUAUUAAGUACCAAGGAGACUUUGAAACUGAAGCAAAUGCCAAAAUACUAUUCUAUUUUGCCUACUGGAGUGGAGAGCACUUAGUAUAUCUAAGGUAGAAGCAUCAGAUUAGUUGUACCUGUUGAGAGGAAGAACAUAGGUGGACCAUAAGUGCAGAUCUUGACAAAUUCUGAGAGCAACGUGAAUGAAAUCAGGAAAAUGGGGCAAAAGAAUUAUUUAAAAGCAACAGCAACAAAAACAGAAAAACUAUGAAUGUGCAGAAGUCCGAGACCAUUUGUGGUAGGGGCAAAUGUCACUAUAUACCUCAGUAGUUUAGCAGGGCAUCACUGUCCUGUAUCACAGUUCAUUAAGUGAUCUUCACAAUGAAGACACUGAAUCCACAAGAAAUGUUUAAUUGUAUUCAGCAUAUAUAAAACAAGGAAAGUAGUGUAUUUUAGAAACCAAAAAUGUUUUUCUUGCUCUCCUACCCAACAUAUACACAGAAAGAGCGUUUUUAAAAGAGAAAGCUUAAGUCAUCUGGAAAGUUCGUUUAUGUGAAACACUUCAUUCUUUAGUGAUGUUAGAUGAAUGCAGUGUUAAUACUCAAAAUACUCAGAUGAAUCUUUGAUCUCCUCAAUUCAGGAAUUCCUUCUAACAAUACAAAUUGCAAGCUGUGAAUUAUAAUCAGAACAUGUCCAUUUAUGUUCAGUGAACUGUUUGCAUAUUUUACCCUUAAAAGGAAAACAUUUCUCACUAAUUGUAAGAAACUUCAAUACAGAAGUUACAUUCUUGUUAUUUUUGAAUACAGUUGUGCAGUAUUGGAUUAUUUAGACUUUUGAGUAUUGAGAUUAUGUUUAAUAUAUGAAUGUAACAUUAAUAUGUACAAAUUGUGCACAAUUAUAGCUAUGCAAAUGAUAUAAAAUUAUAAAUAUUUGGGAACAGUCCACUUUUAAAAUGUAGAUUAAGAUAGAAUGUUUGGUAUGUUGAUUAAUUCAGUAGGGUUAUAUUGUAGUGCUAUUUAAAAUCAACUAUUUAAAUUUUUUACUUUUGUCUACUUGAAAUUGACCUUUUAAAAUUUUAAUUAAGCUGCUUUAUAAAUAUAAAUUUAUUUUUUUACAAAUGGAAAAUAUUCUUUUUGCUUUGGAAACUAUUUGACAUGUUUGGUGGUUUUUGAUAUAUUAGCAAAUAUAUUAAACUUAAUAAAUACUACAUUAACUUUAGAGUGCACUGGAAAAAUCAAUAUAUAUACAAUUAUUUGUAAAAUAAAAGAGUUCCCUCUUAUAGUUAAUUGAAAAAGAUGGAAUUGAGUAAAUUAUCUUUUUCAACAAUGGAACCAUAAAGAAGUAAUCUCUUGUAGGAAAAUACUUUUCAUUUCAAUGGGCACCAUAUUUUAUGAAGAUGUUUAUUUUACUUAAUUUUCUUAACCAAAAAACUCAGUUUAAUAUUUUAUGCCAAGUGCAUGUAAAUUUGUAGAAUAUCUUUAAAGAAACUAAAACCGGUUUAGAAUGUCAGGGCUUCAGUAUUGAACACAAUGGACUUUAUAUCAAAACCAGAAUUCAUUAGCUUCCCCACUAAAUCUUCCCAAUCUCAAAACUUCCCAUUUCAAUUGAAUGUACCAAUCCUCCCAUUGACUUUGUUUUGCACCCUUGUGAGUUACCCUUUGUUCUUUACUCUGUCACACAGUAUACAGUUAGUCUUAGCAAUUCUAUCUCCAUAACAUCUUUUUCAUCUUUUUUCCUUUGUUUACUCCUCUCCUUUCCCUCCCUUCCUCCCUUCGUUGCUUCCUUCCUUCCUCUCCUCAUCUUUUCCAGGCUGGAAGGAAAGGAGCUACUUAUGGGCACUGGUUGGCAUGGGAGUUUUGACCUGCUCUGUAUCUGACCUAGGAUAGCCACCCUUCCUUAGUCAAUUAGAUGCAUCCCUUCCCCCUUCAAGCCCCUCUCCUGAUCCCAGGAACUCACCACAUUGAUACCAAACUUAGUGUGGCUGCUCCAUCUGCACAGCUUAUAGUAAUUUAGAACUCUUAAGGUCAAGAACCUUCCUGGUAAUUGGAAUUACAACCAUAUACCACCAGGCCCAACUCAUUCAUCCCCUUCGCCCCAUUUUUAGGUAUCCACCUAGUUCAUUCAGUCUCUUAACACUUCCCACCUGGACUAUUGAAAUAGCUUAUAUCCAGUCUCUGCCCUCUUCAAUUCAUUAUCCAUACAACUAUCAAAAAAAAAUCUUAAAGCAUAGAUAUAACAAAGUCUCUCUUUCACUUGAAAUUCUUCAUUGACUUCCUACUGUCCCUAAACUCUAAACUAUAAAAUUCCAACUGCCUCAUUUGAUAUUUAAAAUCUUGCACAAUUGGUUUCUGGGUUUCCUUUUUUUAAAAUU